CUUAUUUGUUCUUCUUCUUCUUUGGAGUUUUACGGCAGCCGGCAUCCACAAUGUUGCAUUGCUGCCACCUUCUGGCUUCACUCCACAGUCCUCAUGUCUUUACAUUAUUUCCUUUUUAUAAGGCCAGAGGCCCUCAAGAAAUUAAACAACAAAUUUACUCCUUUUCCUUCCCCUCCAUACUCUAGAAUGUUCUUUUCUGAUAUAUCUGUCAUUCCAAUUUUCUUCAUUUCAUUGAUCAAAACUCUUCUUUCUGUUGCAUAUCUUCUACAUGCAACUAGAGCAUGCUGAACUGUUUCCGGCUGAUGGCAUUCCUCACACAUCCCAGUAGGGUGUUUUCCCAACAUUUUUAAUGUGCUGUUCAGCUGGCAAAUGUGGCUCAUGUGGUCCAGGGUAUAGCAGUCCGCUCGCAGCAAUGAAAGGGCCACGGGAGGAGAUUUUCUACCUGCCCUGCAUCUACCGAAACACGGAUGUCAACAAACCAGACUACUUGGCAACGGUAGAUGUGGAUCCCAAAUCGCCCACCUACUCCCAGGUCAUUCACCGUUUGCCGAUGCCCAACCUGAAUGACGAACUCCAUCAUUCCGGGUGGAAUACCUGCAGCAGUUGCUACGGCAACCCGUCCAAAACCCGGGACCGCCUGAUCCUGCCGGCCCUGAUUUCCUCCCGGAUUUACGUGGUGGAUGUGGGUACGGAUCCGCGGGCUCCAAGGCUACACAAGACAGUCGAACCAACGGAUCUGUUCUGGAAGUGCGAUCUGGCAAAUCCCCACACAUCGCACUGCCUGCCUAGCGGGGAGGUGAUGAUCAGUACCAUCGGGAACCCGAGUGGGAACGGCAAAGGUGGUUUUGCGCUGCUGGAUGGCAAGACGUUUGAGGUGAAGGGAAACUGGGAGCAAGAGGGACAGGCAGCGGAGUUUGGGUACGACUUCUGGUACCAGCCCCGGCACAACGUCAUGUUCAGCACGGAGUGGGGAGCUCCCAAAGCCUUGGCCGGCGGAUUCAACUUGGACGACAUCGCGGCCGGACUGUACGGACACUCGCUUCACGUCUGGGAUUGGACCGAGCGCAGGCGGAUACAGACCAUCGACCUCGGUCAAGACGGCCGCAUACCGCUGGAGAUCCGCUUCCUCCACGACCCCGCUGCAGCCGAGGGUCUGGUCGGCUGCGCUCUGAACAGUUGCGUCUUCCGCUUUUACAAGACUCAGAAAGGUCUGUGGAGUUUAGAAGGGAAGCUUUUCACUGUACCUCGACGGACGUGACCUUAAACUGGCCCGAACUAUCGUGGACACCAACUUGAUUUUGUUUCAGGUCUCAUCACCGACAUCCUCAUCUCCCUGGACGACCGUUUCCUGUACUUCAGUAACUGGCUCCACGGAGACAUCCGGCAGUACGACAUUACGGACAUCAGGAAUCCCAAGCUAGUCGGGCAGGUGUUUAUCGGAGGAAGCGUUUUGAAGGGCGGGCCGGUGAAAGUGCUUGAGGACAAGGAAUUGGAUAGCCAGCCCGAACCCAGAAUCGUCAAGGGGACGUUGAUUUAUGGUGGACCUCAAAUGAUCCAGCUCAGCUUGGAUGGAAAACGUAUGUACGUGACCACAUCGCUGUACAGUGGAUGGGACAAACAAUUCUACCCUGACAUGGUCAAGAACGGCUCGGUGAUGUUGCAGGUUGACGUGGACUCGGACAAGGGAGGCCUGACCAUCAAUGAGAACUUCCUUGUGGACUUCGGGAAGGAACCUGAAGGGCCAGCGCUUGCCCACGAAAUGCGAUACCCUGGCGGAGACUGUUCUUCCGACAUUUGGCUGUAGAUUAAUUUUCAGAUUCACUGAGAGGGAAGCAAAUACGAAACUUAACUUGUGUUUUUUUUUCCAUUUCGCAAUCACAAUCAGUUUUAUUAGUGACGCCCAUCGGGCAACUGACUGGACAAUUGAAAGAAGGCAAUUUGACUUA